GGCUGGUGACGCCGUCGGUCUACAUGCGGCCGAUGAUGUCGCGCGUGCGCGAGGCGCUCUUCUCGAUGCUCUACCCGACCGGCGUCUUCCGCGAAUCGGCGCGCGCCCUCGACCUCUUCUCUGGCUCCGGAGUCGUCGGCAUCGAGGCGCUCUCUCGCGGCGUCGGCCACGCGACCUUCGUCGACUUCUCCGCUGAGUGCGCCGGGACGAUCCGGUCCAACUGCGAGGCGCUGGGCGAGGGCGAGCGGAUCGACGUUGUCGAGGCGGACGUGAUGAGCGUGCUGGCAGACCCGUCGCGGCACGGGCUGCAGGGGCCGUACGACCUCGUGACGGUGACGCCGCCGUACGAGGAGGUGGUGUAUGCCGAGCUGAUGGGCGCCAUCUGCGCCUCCCCGCUGCUCGGCGAGGACUGCCUCGUCGCGGUCGAGUACCCGGUCGAGCUCGGCCUCUUCCCGCCCACCCUCGGGGGAGGCCGCCUUGUCGGGCUGCGCAACCGGCGCUACGGCCGCACCGUCGUCGCCAUCUACGUCAACCGGCCGUCGGGCAAGCUCGACCUCGCGCCCUUCAGCGAGGAGUUUGUCGGCCGCUCGGUGGCGGACCUGAAGCUGUGACGCUUGAAUACACCUGACUGGUGAGAUGUGACUGGUCUGCGGGUGUCCAGGUUUCAGAAAAAAAUACCGUUUACGCGAA